GAAAGCAUGAAUAAAAGAGAUUGGCCAUUCAUGAUGAUUCAGAGAAACGACAGCUCAGAUAACCUGGCUAUCCAUAUCAAAAAUGGGAUGAGAAACUUCAGGUAUAAGCCAGCAGACUACCAACAAUUACAUGCCUUAACCAGAGCCAGGAAGUUAGCAUCUGCUUCCACAGAGAUGAAGAUCAGAAAAGCUGUGGAGACUUCAAAGGCAGCUAAAGAACAAAUGUUGAUCAAACAACACAAGCAAGUGUGGUGGCAGGAACAGGAGCGGCUGAAGGGAGUCAGAUGUAAAUUGGAGUCUGAAAUAAAAUCUUGUCUCAAUGAAGAGAGCAUUGGAAAUGAAUGUUUUUGUGAGCUUAUGAAUUUUGAGGAAGAGCUGUCAGAACAAUGGUGCACAUAUCUUAAAGCUGUGAUCGACCCAAUUCACCAGCUAAGAACAGACCUGAAGAGACAGCACCACACUUCCCAGCAUGCACCCUGCCAUAAGGGGUCUAAUUCAGCAAUGAUUCUGGAAAAGGUUGACUGUGUCAGGAAACAAUCCAACGCUGACUUUGAAAGACUUGAUCAGGAGCAACAGAAAAUAGAAAAAGACCUUUCAGACUUGAGUGUGAAGUUACUAGAUUAUUGUACAGAUGAAAAGGCUAACCUGCUCAGUGAACAGCCCACGGAGUUAGAGACUUUGGAGUGCCCAUACCCUGAUCUGAAAUCAUCAGUCCUUAAUGAAUUCUGGAACUUUACAGAGAAAUAUCAAAAGAAACUUGAAGACUUUGAUCUGCAAUUAGAAGACAUACACAGAAACUUCCAACUAAGUGAAGAAGAGCAGUGGAUUUACCAGGCUGUCUUAGACCAGUACCCUGGAAAUCUCCUUGGCAGAAGGACUCUGUACUUGGACAUGUUACAAAGAUAUUUUCCUCACAAAUCUAGGCAUGAUUUGGUAGAACAUGAGAAAUACUAUGACCAGUACCACUUUGCUGGAGAGCAGAGAAGAAUCCUGAUAGACAGUUGGACUAAGAGUAGGAAAGACUUUAUACAGAAAGCCAUGCUGACCCUCCUUGAGGCCUGUGCAGUUCAUGAAAUGGAGAGCAUGUUGGCUAAGGACAGGAGACGACAGCAGGAACUGUGCGCUGAUCUGAAAGCCAAGGUUUUUCAAUGGCGAGCCCACCAGGAAGAGUUAGCAAGACUGGAGAUGGAAAUUUCAGUCAGAAGAAGAGAAAGGGACAAGGAGAAAGAGAAACUAUGGAAAAAGAAGGAAUUGCUACAAAGGGAAGAGACAAAGACAAAGAUAAGGAAAUACUGGGCCGAGAAACAACAGAAGUGGCAAGAAAUGGAACUGAGAGAUGUGCAGCGUCUAGAAGAACUCAAGGCAUUAAUGGCUGAACAGUCCGUGAAAGACAGAGAAAGGAUUAAAUAUAGACAAGAAUUAUUGGAGAAUCGUUUGAUGGAGAGAAAAAAACUGGCCCUUCAAGAAGUUCAAGAAGAAGAAGAACGAGAGAGGCGCCUGGAAGCCCUUCGAAAACAGGUUGCUGUUGUUGUUCAAUCUGAUCCAGUCAGAAUGAUGUCAGAAACAAUGGCAUGGAAAGCUAGGACAGGCACUGAAAAUGAAGAUGAAUUUAUCCUUCAAAAGCCACUCUUCACUUUGACUACAUACAAUGAGCAGCAGAUAACUUCUGAUCCUAGACUUCGAUUUGAGCUAGCGCUUCGAGAAGCUGGACUCCAUAAGACACUGUACGCCAAAGAGAUGCUACCAAAAAUCAGUCCUCAGAAGCCUCCAAGGAAGGACACAGAGUCCACUAUAUUCAAAGUGUAGAGGGCAUAUGCAAACACCAUAUGAAUAUGGGUAAUGAUGAUAACCACUUCUAAAUGUUUAAAAUCCACAAAAUGUAUAAAUCAUA